GACCGGAAGCAGGAGAAAGAAACGCACUUCCGCCAAGGAGAACAGAGCGCAGGAAGACGAGAGGCGGACACCAUUCUGAGGGAUCCUCGCAGAGCGGAUCAUGGGCGGCUCCUGGAAGUGAAGAAAAGGGCCAAAGGAAAGAAAGAAAGCAAGAUUUUCAUUUGUGAAUCUUGAUUUGGUCUUCUGACUUGAGCAGGAUCCUUGUUUCCCAGAUCAGAUCACCUUGGUGAAAAUGGAGCGUUCAUCACAGCGUGGCAAAGGAUUUCUCAACAUUGUUGUGAUAAAACUCGAGGAAGAGGAGGAUCCUGUGGAUGAAAAUGCAGACAGUACUGAUGCCCAUACAGGUUUUCUUGAGGAGCCCACACAGCUAGACGAAGAAGAGGAACCACACAACUCAGAUGAAGAAGAAUCAGAGAGCUUUCCGAAGACUAGUGAAGAAUUUCAAGGUAUUGUAGUUGAAGAAGAUGAAGAUGAGGAGCAUCCCUUGGAAGAUAGUGUAACUGUUACCGGUGGCCGUACAGGAUUUUCUGACAUAAUGGAAGGCAAGGAGUUAUGCAACCGGGAAUCCAAAAAAGGCUCAAGUGUUGCUCGGAACCGGUCAGAUAAAUGGAAGAAUAGCACAUUAUACAAAUACUUGGAGAGUGGAAAAUAUACAGCUGACAGUCCACCUCUUCUGAGGCACCCGAUAGACCUUAUAGAAGAGGAAGAAGACAGCUUCCAGAAGCCUGAUUUCACUCCGAGUUCACACUUUAUGAGACCUCCAGUAAUCCCCACAAGUGAGAGAUUGCAUGGCUUCCAGGAGCGGGAGAAGUAUUUUGCCGAAACGUCAGCUCUUCUGAUGCAAGACGCAGGAGAGAAAACAUAUGAAUGCCAGGAGUGUUCAAAAAGUUUCCCUUGCAUUCCAGACCUUGUCAACCACUGGAAAGUCCACAUAGGGGAGAAUGCAUGCAAGUGCCAGGAGUGGGGAGGGUGUUUUUCUCAAGCUGAACAUCUUGGGAACCACCAAGAAAUGCACCCAGGAGGAGAACCAGGCGAAUGCCUAGAUUGGGGAAAAUGCUUCUCUUACAGUGCAUACCUUGAGAGGCACCAGAAACCCGAAGAUGUGUCGAAACCUUAUAAAUGCCAGGAUUGUGGGAAAGGCUUUGCAUCCACUGCAUAUCUUCGGCGGCACAUGAGGGUCCACUCAGGGGUGAAGCCAUACAAAUGCCAAGAGUGUGGCAAAUCUUUCUCUUUCAGUUCCCACCUGGUGAUCCAUAAGCGAGUCCACACAGGAGAGAAACCGUACAAAUGCAAGGAGUGUGGGAAAUCAUUUGCUUCGAGCCCACAACUUGCCAACCACCAAAGGAUCCACACUGGGGAGAAGCCCUAUAAAUGCCAGGAAUGUGGGAAAUGCUUCACCCAGAGCUCCCAUCUCAUGGGUCACCUGAGCAUUCACACAGGGGAGAAGCCGUACGAGUGCCAGGAAUGCAGGAAAUGCUUCGCUCGCAGCUCAGACCUCGUCUACCACUGGAGAGUCCACACAGGAGAGAAGCCGUUUAAAUGCGAGGUGUGCGGGAAAUACUUCGCUCGGAAUGGACAUCUUAAGAUCCACCUCAGAAUUCAUACGGGAGAGAAGCCGUACGAAUGCCUGGAAUGUGGAAAAGCAUUUGCUCGCAAUUCGGAGCUGGUGAGCCACAAAAAGGUCCACAAUGCUCUGAAUAUGAAUUUUAUUGACCAAUUAUGUUUAACAAACCAAUAACCUAUAUUUGAAAGAAAGCACAGAAUGUGAGGAAUGUAUCUUUACCACAUUAUGUAAUUUCUGAAUCUUCAUCCGCUGUCCUACGGGUGAGUGAAGCCGAGGAGGGCGCCAUAGUACGAAAUUAGAUUUAUCCUCAAAUCUUGCCGGACAGUCUGCAGACAAAACAUUGUGUAGAAAUGACUGUAAAGAAGAAGAAGAGGAAGAAGAAGAAGGAGAAGAAGAAAGACUCUUAAUCCUUUUGUGUCAACCGGUGCACCCAAAUUAGGAACUUUUUUUAUUCCACAGUUUGUAGAGGUUUUGGAAGAAACAACUACGUUUAUUGUAGCAGAAAUUGAAAGGGGGAGCAGAACGAAGAAAGACAUCUAGCAGCAACUUGAUGGCUAAGUGCUUUAAAUUUUAGCAUGGCUGUCAGUCCACGUCCUCACAAAGUGGCAUUGCAUCUGAGGAAGCAGACUGAUAGCCUCACUUCGUUGUUGUUGCACCUGAGGAAGUGCAUAGAUGCCUACCAAUGCUAAUUCUAAAAUAUGAACCAUUUAGUUUUUAAGAUGCUGCUAGAUUGCUUUUAUCUCCUGAAGAAGAUCAUCUUUAAAAAAUCAUGUCAAGAAUCUGUAAAAAUAGACUCCCCAUAACAAAAGAGAUCUGGAUGAUCCUAUAUCCUGUUUCCAGGACGGUCCAGAGUGUGAUACUGACAAGCAGAGUAAGGGGGGGGGAAACCUCCAACUCUUCCCCAUUCUUUUUUAUUCUGCAGUUCUUAUGGUAGCGUUUAGCUGUUCUUAAUUUCUGAAUCUGUUCCUUGUGUCUCCUAUUUUUAAACAGGAAAACAUCAUCUUUGAUGGUUAAAUGGUUAAGGAUCAAUAAUUCAAGCUGAAGCAGCUGUGGAAAAGAACUGCUGGCUUUUGGCGAUCGAUUGUGGUGUUUUGUAAUAGUUUUCAAUGAAGUAGUCUCCUUAUUCUCUUGGAGCAUAGAAAGAAAAGGGGAGGGGUAGGAAGUGGGAGGGAAAGAAAUCUAGUGGUGUUUUUAAGACCAAUUUAUAUUUUAGCAUGAGCUUUCCUGGGUAAUCAAUCAAAUUCUCUUCAGAUACGAUGGUGGAAUGAUUUUUAAAGCCUAGGCAUAUUUAGACCGAAAGAUGCAAAUUGUGACUAUAGCCCUACAUUGUCAAAGGGCUGUGUGAGGUGAUACAAAUUUUUCAAAUUUUUACACUGUUUGUUUCGUGUUUGUAUGUGAAAUCAACAAAUCCGCUUACCCACAGUCAGUUUUCUUUGGGUCAAAAGCUUUUCUGAGAAGAUUCCUUUUGUUGUCUGUGCCGUAGCAAGGACUUGUAUUGAUAUAUAUGUAGUGUGCCAUGAAGCCAUUAUCUUUGUUCAUACUUCUGGUAAUGAGGUUACUGAAUAUAAAUUCAAUUUGGUUGUUUCGCUUUCUAGUUUUACUUUGUAAUUUCUUUGUUUGACAACUUUGUAUGUGCAAAAGGCCUGUUCAGCAAUAAGUGGAAGUAAACUGGGCUUCUUGCAUAACUUUGUUAUAGUCUAAUUUUGAAUCUAUUUCUCCUUCAAAGCUUCAAUGUUUUUAAUGUAUCACACAUUUAUAGGGUCAAUCAAUAAAUCUUUCAGUUAUCUGGAAAA